AUGGGAGCGCAACAGUCCAAGACGCCUGCGUCUCGAGCGCAUGACAAAGCCGUUGACCGUAUGCGCAAGCUGAAGAUCCAAGAUGCCGAGAGCUCUAGUGAGAUAAAUGAGAAGAGUGGCGGUGGUUUGGCUCGCGAUGCUCAGCCUCUGCCCUUGGAUGCUGUUUCAAUGCUUCCCUCUCAGAUUCUGGACGAUCCGCGAAAUAGACUUGCCCUGUCGGCAUUGAGCUCUGCGAACCCCAGAACGGUUCUCACCUCGCAGGCAUCCAAGAUUGCUAACCAGCAUGUCUUCAACACCAAGAUUCCGCUGGAGGGCGGCCCAAUUACCAACCAACGGUCUAGUGGUCGAUGCUGGUUGUUUGCCUCUACGAAUGUAUUCCGCGUGGCUAUCAUGAAGAAAUACAAUUUGGAGUCGUUUGAGUUGUCGCAGAACUAUCUAUACUACUACGAUAAGCUCGAGAAGGCGAACUGGUUCCUCGAGCAAAUCAUUGACACAUCCAGCGAGGACUUGGAAGGCCGUCUUGUCCAACGACUUUUAGACGAUCUUAUUUCGGACGGCGGCCAAUGGGAUAUGGUGUACAACCUUGUUGAAAAGUAUGGAUUGGUCCCUCAGGCUUUAUAUCCGGAUAGCUGGAACGCAAAAAAUUCGAGCAUUCUGAAUACCGUGCUCAAGACGAAACUCCGCGAAUUCGCUCUUGCUCUGCGCAGAGCCAUCGCCGCUGAUCAAGCACCGGGUGUGAUUUCCGCCAUGAAAAUCAUAUACAUGCAGGACGUGCAAAAGAUCAUGACGCUCCUCCUGGGACCUACGCCGAAUCCUACCGAGGAAUUCACAUGGACAUACGCCGACAAGGACAACAAGGUGCACUCCCAGACCAUGACUCCCAAAGACUUUGCCAAAAACACCACCAGCUCCAACUUCCAAAUCAGCUCGACCACCAUCUCGGACAUGGUGUCGCUGGUGCACGACCCACGCAACGAGCUCAUGUCUCUCCUCACAGUCGAUCGACUCGGCAAUGUCGUUGGCGGCCGCAACAUCACCUACAUCAACGUCGAUAUGGACACCCUCAAGAACGCAUGCGUAAAGAUGAUCAAGGCCGGACUACCCAUCUUCUUUGGCUGUGACGUCGGCAAGUUCAGCGACAAGACGUCCGGAAUCAUGGACCUCAACAUCUUUGACUACGAGGUUGGCAUUGGCACGGAUCUGCUCGGCAUGACCAAGGAGCAGAGACUGCGUGCGGGAGAGAGUCUCAUGACGCAUGCUAUGGUUUUGACGGCCGUGCAUCUGGAUGAGAAGACGGGAAAGCCUGUUCGGUGGAGGGUCCAGAAUAGCUGGGGCACGGAGGAUGUUGGCGAUAAGGGGUGGUUUGUCAUGACGGAUGAGUGGAUGGAUGAGUUUGUUUACCAGGCGGUUGUUGAUCCUAAGUUUUUGAGUAGGGAGGUGAGGGAUGUGCUUGGGCAGGAGCCUACGGUUUUGCCGUUGUGGGAUCCUAUGGGUUCUUUGGCUUGA